GUUUGACAGCAAAUUUGAGUCGGAGUGUAAACAGUGUAGCACAUCAAUAUACCCAGUUCAUAUCGCUCAGUGCGGCGAGAGUAGCUAAUGGGCUAAAAUAAGGGUUUGUUUAACAUAGCAAAAAGUCGUGUGUUAUCUUACUUAUAUUAACAGAAGUCAUGAAACUGUACCAGGUACUUCAUAAUGUGGGCAAGUUCAGAACCGUGUUCGACUUUGGUGGACGGGAAGUGGCUCAUUGGUUCCCCAGACACAUGGCUAAAGGAUUGAAGCAGAUGAAAGCCAGCCUCAAGAGUGUGGACUGCAUAAUAGAAAUCCACGACGCCAGAAUCCCCUUCUCUGGAAGAAACCCUGCAUUUAAAGAGAAUCUAGAUGUCAAACCACAUAUGCUCAUUCUCAACAAGAUGGACCUUGCUGAUCUGUCCGACAAGCAGACCAUCCUGAAGAAACUAGAAAAGAAGGGGGUGAGGAAUGUUCUUUUCACAGACUGUUUAAAGCAGAGAGAUGACAACAUCAAGAAGUUGGUGCCAAUGAUAAUGGAAAUUAUUCAGAGCAAUCCACGCUUUAACAGAGAUGAGAAUUUAAAUUACUGCCUCAUGGUGAUUGGAGUGCCCAAUGUAGGGAAGUCAUCUUUUAUUAACUCAUUGAGAAGAUCAAACCUGAAAAAAGGGCGUGCAUCUCGAGUCGGCGGGGAGCCAGGUAUAACUAAAGCUGUCCUGACUAAAAUUCAGGUGUGUGAACGACCCAUAAUGCACCUGUUGGACACACCGGGAGUCUUGCCUCCUAAGAUUGAGAGUGUUGAAACAGGCAUGAAGCUGGCUUUAUGUGGAACUAUACUGGAUCAUUUAGUUGGUGAAGAUGUUAUCGCUGACUACUUACUCUAUUCCCUGAACAGGCUAGGGAAUUUCAGUUAUGUAGAGAAAUACGACCUCCAAGAGCCCAGUGAUGACAUCCAGCAUGUCCUCAAACGCAUUGCUGUAAAACUUGGAAAAACCCAACGAAUCAAAGCCCUUACUGGAAUGGGGAACAUUACCGUCACUGUCCCUAACUACACAGCAGCAGCUUAUGAUUUCAUAAGAACCUUCAGGAAAGGAGAGCUGGGGAAAGUAAUGCUGGACUGACCUGAGCCACUUUCAUGGAGAUAACCAGAGGCUCGUUUUGGAUUUUGGACAGUUUGCCUUCAGCCUGGUGCGAUUCAUCACAAUUACAAAAUUAUCAUGGAGGGUCAAGAAUCUUUAGACAUGGUGCACUUCAUUUUCUUGUGUUUUAAAAAAAGCACUGUAUCCUUUGUAAAUAUUGUGACAUGGUUUAGAUAUAACAGUUUUCAGAGCAUGUCUUCUAGAAUACAAGGCAAAUAUCUGACAUGUUGUAAACAGGAUUUUUAUUAGCAUAAAAGACAGUGAUAACAAACUCGGUAUUUAUUAUGUACAUAAGUGUUCAGUAUAUAGUAAAUAGAGUGCACUUACAGAUAUGGAACAGCCUGUUUCUCCUGAGUGUCUACUGGAGUUAAAAAGCUUUUGUGUGAUUAUGGACAGACCGUGAAAACCUUCGGAGACAUGAAUAACAGUGAAUGCAGCAGCUUGUUUCCCAGUGUUGCCUCCGAAAUAUCACAGGCUCAGUACAAAGGUCGGAGAAAAUGAAUUAACUGAAUUUCAGGUGUUUUAAAAAGGU